AUGGAUAUCUCGUUGAAUGUCAUUGCGGACACAACGCCUUUCUGCACUUCCCCUCCUCCCAUCACGAUCAUGCGUCACUACAUUGGAGUCGACAUCGGCGGUACGAGUGUCAAGUGCGGCGUCGUGUCGGCUGAUGGCGUGCUCAUCGCCCGGAACCAACGCAAGAUUGAAGACGACCGGUCGUCGGACGUCGUCGUCGGUCUUUGUGUUGCGGUUGUGAAAGAGUGCGUUGAAAAAUCCGGUGUAUCAUGGUCUCAAAUUGCAGGCCUUGGUGUGGGUUGCCCCGGCCAAGUGUCGAACGGGAUCCUCGUCGCCGCCGCCAACUUUGCCUCGUGGAAGGACGUCGCCCUCGAGCGCAUGCUCAACGAGAGUCUCCAUGUACCAUGCACGCUCGUCAACGACGCCGACGCGGCCGUCGCGGCCGAGCACUGGGUCGGCACCGCGUCGAAAGCCAAACACUUUAUCAUGCUUACGCUCGGAACUGGGAUUGGGUUUGGCGUUGUCAACAACGACUCGAUCUUGGCAGGCGGCACUGGCAUGAUCGAAGGCGGCCACUUGAUCGUGGUCCCGAACGGUCGUCUUUGCGGAUGCACACAACGCGGCUGCUUGGAGCAAUAUAGUUCCGCGACUGCGCUGAUUCAGCAAGCCAAGCUCAAGGCAGCCGACAAAACGCUCAACACCAUACUGGCGGAGCUCAGCAUUGACGACAUCACGGCCAAGCAAGUGUUUGAAGCGGCGGCAGCCGGAGAUGCCAUUGCCAAGGGCCUCAUCGCGGAGGCAGCCGACUACUUGGGGUUUGCCUGCGUGAAUUUUUGCCGGAUUCUAGACCCGGAGCUCAUUGUGCUGUCGGGCGGGUUGGCAGAGAACGGUGAGCAGUUUAUCCAAGACAUUCGCGACGCGUACACGAGAUACACGUGGACCAAGCUACCCAACCCGGUUCGCAUUGAAAAGGCGUCGGUGGGCUAUGAUUCUGGUAUCAUUGGCGCGGCCUCGUUUGCGUUCAAAAAGCACGAAAUCUAAAGUGUCAGUGUGCCAGAAGAGUGAAUUGUGAAUCCAUCAUGUUCGUAUUCCA